UAGAGUCAGGCCAGUCCCGGCAUGCACCGGAGCCACCGGCAGUAGAGCGCAGCGAAGUGGAAUUUUCCCUGCCAGCUACCCGCCCCUGCUCGUUCCAGCUGUAGGCGAGACCCUCCCUCUCUCCUUCCCAUUAUUGCCCGCCCUCCCUCCCCCCGUCCUCAGCGGCCGCGAACCAGGCUCCAACCGCUGCCCUACGACCGCUCACCCGCUACCCCUCGCGCCCUCCGCCUGCCUCCUUCCUCAGCCCGGAGCGCCGCCCGGCUUCAGCCUGUCGGCCCCCGCUGCCCUCGUCGCGGUUGCCAUAGCCGUCGUGGUCGUCUCUGCUGCCGCCUGGGCCAUGGCCAACUACAUUCACGUUCCUCCCGGGUCCCCGGAGGUCCCGAAGCUGAAUGUCACCGUACAAGAGCAGGAGGAGCAGCGCUGUCGGGAGGGGGCCCUGAAUCUCCUCCGACACCUGCGACCGCACUGGGACCCACAGGAGGUGACCCUGCAGCUUUUUACAGAUGGGAUCACAAAUAAACUUAUUGGCUGUUACGUUGGCAACACAAUGGAGGACGUGGUCCUGGUGAGAAUUUAUGGCAAUAAAACAGAAUUGUUGGUUGACCGAGAUGAAGAAGUGAAGAGUUUUCGAGUGUUGCAGGCUCAUGGCUGUGCACCACAACUCUACUGUACGUUCAAUAAUGGGCUGUGUUACGAGUUCAUUCAGGGAGAAGCUUUGGAUCCAAAGCAUGUUUGUAAUCCAGCUAUAUUCAGGUUAAUUGCCCGUCACCUUGCUAAAAUUCAUGCUAUACAUGCACACAAUGGCUGGAUUCCCAAAUCUAAUCUAUGGCUAAAGAUGGGGAAAUAUUUCUCUCUCAUUCCUACAGAAUUUGCUGAUGAAGAUAUUAAUAAAAGGUUCUUAAAAGAUGUGCCAAGUCCUCAUGUUCUUCAAGAGGAGAUGACAUGGAUGAAGGAGAUACUUUCAAACCUGGGCUCACCAGUUGUGCUUUGUCACAAUGACCUGUUGUGUAAGAAUAUAAUCUACAAUGAGAAACAAGGUGAUGUGCAAUUCAUAGAUUAUGAAUACUCUGGCUACAACUACCUGGCAUAUGAUAUUGGAAACCAUUUCAAUGAAUUUGCAGGUGUAAGUGAUGUAGAUUAUAAUCUCUAUCCAAAUAGAGAACUACAAGUUCAGUGGCUAAGGUCUUACCUUGAAGCUUAUAAGGAGUAUAAAGGAUUUGGGACAGAUGUUACAGAAAAGGAAGUAGAAGUACUAUUUAUUCAAGUCAAUCAGUUUGCAUUGGCUUCUCAUUUCUUUUGGGGAUUGUGGGCUUUAAUUCAAGCCAAAUAUUCUACCAUUGAUUUUGAUUUCCUUGGGUAUGCAAUUGUUCGUUUUAAGCAGUAUUUCAAAAUGAAGCCUGAGGUCACUGCAUUAAAAUUACCUGCGUAAAGAAGGAUAUUUAGUUAACCUCAAGUGGCUACGCAAUCCUUGUGAACCAUUUUUGAAAACAGAUAUUGAACAGCUAAUAUUUGUUAAAAAAUUCUGUAAUUUCAUUUGGUUAUCUUGCUUUAUAACUGAUGCCUCUAAACAGCCAACUUAUCUUUAAAUAUUACAUCUAAUUCAGAAAUGUACCUACUGUCAGUAUGAGAUGGAUUAGAAAUUUGUUAAAUCUACAAAGGUCUGUAGAGAUGGCAAUUUAAUCCUUUCUUUGAUCAUUUAAUCUGUUAUCUGUGAAUUAUUUAUUAUAGAUUUAACUUGAUUCCAUUGCUGCUUUCAUUAGUUUUUGUAAAAGAAUUGAAUAUAGGCAAUGAAAUUGUUUGUCUUUUUUUUUUAAUUUUUAACAUUAGAUAAAUUUAGGUAAAUGUUUUUUUGGGCUUGUUGUAUUGUAUGUAAAGAGUCAUUUAUUCUUGAAAUGCCAGGAACAAGGUAUAAUAAAUUUAGAUUAUUUAAUUUUGGGCUAGGAGGUAAAACUUUUCAUGGCAUGGUACAUUUUCUGAGUUGAAUACUGGAAUGAAUUGCUCCUGGGAAUAGAAAUUUUACUUACCCUUUUAGAUCUGUAAUACAUUUACUAACACUAUCUUAGCAAAAUCUUUAUGAUAGAAAGUGUUUUCUUAUCUGAAAUGUGAAUAUUUUUCACUAUUCCCAUUUUUUUUAAAUUGCUACAUACAAUUAUUUCUAAAUUAUGUGUAAUCCUAUGUAUUGAACAGCACUAUGAUCUUUUUAAAACAUUCUAAUCUUCCAUUUGCUAGUCAGGGUGAGUCAAUGAGCAAUUUACUCCCCUUCUCUAAGCCACCCCUCUCCCCCAAACAAAAGGAAGGGAAACAUUUAAUCACUCAGCCUCAAUGCUCCUAACUUGGUUUCAUAUCUUUAGCACAGUUAGAUGGUACUAGGAAAAAAAUUAGAAAGCUUACAGACUUAUAACAAAUGAGUAUUGCUGAUGAAUGUAUAUAAAGUUCAAAGUGAUAUAUGGAAGCUGUGAAGAAUUAAAUAUUUUACAGAUAAA